AUGGAUAACAUUGGUGACAUGUAUGAGGGCUCCGAUGGGAAUGACAAUUAUGACCAUGAUGGGGAUGUUCCUUUCGAUGAUUAUACAGAAAAGCAAGGCGGCUUGGAUACCUUUUUUGGGUCUGUGGGUAGCAGUGUGCGCCCCGUCGGCGUUGAGCCAGUCACCGAUAUUGCUGAGGGCUCGGGCCUUGUUGCGGCCGUUGUCGACCCUGCGCAAGACACCCCUGAGAUUGGGUACGUUGCCCAGAACAUGGAAAUCGUGCCCAUGGUGGCUUCCUCCUUCGACACCUUUGACAGAUUGGUUGAGGCAGCCCUUGCGGAGUCAUUUCCGACCAUGCCGCCAACAAAUUCCCAAGACACAACAUCCACGUUCCGAAUCACAAACCCAUUGCCUCCCAUCUUCCAGCACAUUCUUCGGGGGGACCUUGAGCCUGCCAUUUCUCCAGUUCUUCUGGCAAUUCUUCGAAGCAGCAAUUUUGCCUUUCAUGGGAUACCACCUGUUCCAUCCCACAUUCGACCGCUUCUCCAGACGCCAGAGCCUAGUCCCCUAGCACUUCUUCCAGCGUUCCCAUUUGGUGACACAAGUGCUGCCGAGAAUGUUCAGGUUGUCGUUGCUGCAGGGAAUACUGCUGCAGAACACCCAUCCGACGCAUCUUGGUUGGAGUGGGAGGAAUCCUUUGCUGCAUUUAUGGCCUUCUUUGAUGGUGGCGUCCAAGUCCUUAGAUUUGCAAAUGAACUCUUGCCACUUUGUCACCGAUUCAACGGUUAUGCAACAUUCCGAGGAGCCCUCAUUUAUCCCGAGACAAUUGCAGCCUUGGAGAAAUUUCUGGACAAGUAUGGGGAUUUCACGGACAUGACUAGCAUCACUUCUUCCUUUUCUUAG